AACACAUUUAACGGUGACAAAAUGCGUGAGCGGCUUGCUACCUAAGUAAUUGCUGGAACAGAUGGAGAUUCACGUAGCCGGUCAUCAUUCGAAGACUCCGCUGACCGUUGCAGCUUGGAUACUCUUUUCCUUGGAAGCAGCCACUCUGUUUCUGUAACAGGCAACCAGAAGUUGAUUGAUCAACCUGAUUUAACCGGCCCAGAUGCACUUCAAACGCAAAAUUGGGAUCGGACAAAUGUACCUGACGAUGGCAAAUCAAUUGCUAGCAACGCGAUCAUCGCAUAUUUGGCCCAGCAGCGUCGUAAAGUCGGUAAAGAAUCGAACUUCCCCACCAUGGUAGCAACCAACAUCAGUGAGCAAUGUCAUAAUGACAGUGUAGCUUACCACGAAGCGUACCUCCUUCGAGUCGACUGGGCUAAACGAAUGUACGAAUCAACAGGAAAAAUGCCAGAAGCCCUAUAUUACAGUGGCAAUCUUCAUGGACAAGGUCUCUUUGACGAAUGUCUCUCAGUGCAGGCGUACUGGACAGAUACAUCGUUCCAGGGCAAAUAUUGCACGGUAUUCUUUGAUUCGGCUCUCGUGAUGCCAUGGGAACUCGAAGAAGAAACUGUGCACUACGAGCCGAAAGGUACCAAUUGGGUGGGCAUCUGGCAAGUGUUGGAAUGGCUCUACGACGGACCGAAAUUGAAAGAGCCGAAAGUGCGGGACACGGAUCGUUACUCACGAUAUUUGUCGGCUCUUGAUUAUUGCAUUCCUUCUUCAUGCAGUGCUGAAGAUUUCCGUUGGUCUAUCGCUCAGCUUAUUGGAGGCAGAGCCAUAGAUAACACGACCUAUGAAGGCAAUUCAUAUUACACUUCCAUGGUAGCUGUUAGCGAUGAAAACUAUUGCUACACGAAAGAGAAGAUAACUGCCACACCCAGCUUCGACGGUCCUGACAUUGCUGUGAUCGUCACCCUCAGUCUUCUCGGAUGUAUCGUUCUUGCGGCUACCGCUCACGAUCUAUGGCUAACUUACCAAAAUCGCCCAAUCCAGCCGAAGAAAGCCAGUCUAUCAUUACAAGCGUUACAUUGCUUCUCGAUGCUAACCAAUGGCAGAAAGCUAUUGUCUACCAAGUCCAUUGUCGUGGAUAAUCUCGCGUGUUUGAACGGAAUGCGAGUGUUGUCCACUACUUGGAUUGUUCUGUACCACUCGUACUAUCAAGCUAUCAUCAACCCAAUGUACAACCCUUUGACGUUCUUGAAGGAUGCGCUAGAAUGGCAAUUGCAUGGUGUUUUGAAUGCCACCAUCGCUGUUGAUACGUUCUUUCUGAUGAGCGGACUGCUUGUAACGUAUUCCUUAAUGCGUGAGUUGGAUCGUAACAAGGGACGUUUUAACAUUGGCCUCUUUUAUCUUCAUCGUUUCCUCAGAUUGACACCUGUGUACGCAAUCAUUUUGGGAUUCAUUGCCACUUUGUUAGUCUACCUCGGUUCGGGACCCAACUGGGAAAAUGUCCGAUACUUGAGCUUGGCUUGUCGUUGGAAUUGGUGGAAUAAUCUUCUCUAUGUCAAUAAUUAUGUUGUCACUUAUCCACUUGAGUGUAUGGGUGAAACGUGGUACUUGGCUUGUGACAUGCAAAUGUUUCUAUUGAGCCCGUUGUUUAUCUAUCCUCUAUGGCGGUGGAGAAGAAUCGGAUUGAGUUGGGCUAUUUUCAAUAUAGUAGCACUUUUGUGCGGGACUAUUGCCAUUUUCAUCGUGUGGAAUCUACCAGCCAUGGGCUUUUUCACUAGACCAACCGACACCAGCAAUCCGUAUUCUUAUUACGGUUAUUACGUUCAAACAUGGACUCGAUUUCCGCCAUACAUCUUAGGGAUCAUGCUUGGCUGGCUGCUUCAUAAAACUAAAAAUAGGACCCUUAAGCUGAACAAGGGUGUCGUCAUUAGCGGCUGGUUUAUUGCCUCUUUAAUUGGUUUGGCCGUUCUUUAUGGCAUGGUUCCCUAUUUGAACGAAUACGAGGUACCCGACAUGAACGAUGUAGCUCGCGUUUCCUAUGGAGCUUUGCAUCGUUUUGCUUGGGCCACGUCCGUCGCUUGGAUCGUCUUUGCUUGUAUCCACGGUUACGGAGGAUUGGUGAACCGGUUUCUAUCGUGGAAGGCCUUUAUUCCAUUAGCCCGUCUUACCUAUGUCGUUUACUUGGUUCAUUUCACUUACCUGACGGUCUAUCACGGCUACAUCCGGAAGCCUUACUACUACACAAAAUUUACUCACGCCGAGCACUAUUUCGGAGUCAUCUUUAUUGUGUUUUUGAUGGCUUUUGCCAUCUGUCUAACGGCGGAGGUCCCUCUUUUGAACCUGGAGAAGCUCCUCAUCAGACCCAAUCGCGCAAAAGAAAAAUCUGUAGUCGAUGACAUUGAAAUCGAGCAACCAGUUCCUAGGAUAGGAAUGUACUACGCUAAAUCCACUGAUGGUGGGCUGUAAGAUCAUCACUUUUAACUACACCGUGGCUUUCACUGUGACUCAUCACAAUUGUAAAUGCCUACCUGUUGAAAUAGAAGGCAAGUAAAUACAGUUACGCUUAUAAACGCAA